AUGACUUGUUUGGAGUGCAAAUUUUGUGGUGAAGCUCAUGAUAGUAACCAUUGUACUGUCAAUGAUGGUGAUAGCGAGACCAGUGCAUUAACUCAUGGAAGAGGAGCUUCAACCGCAGAACAAGGGCCUCUUGUCCAGCCGCAAAUUGUUGAAAGAACGGUUAGCAAGAGGAGUCUAGAGGAGCUGAUCGAGAGAUUCAUUGAUCAUACAACGAGCAAUUACAAGAGCCAUGAGAUGGCUAUAAAGAGCUUGGAGAACCAAUUGGGACAGCUAGCAAAGCAAAUGUCCGAUAAUCACCAAGGUAAGUUCUCUUCCGAAACUUUAACUUUGAUUGAGCAAGAAAAUACUGCUGUUGUUUCUACUAGGAGUGGAAGAGUGUUGCAUGAGGCAGAGAAAAAAAUUGAGGGAGAGAAAAAUGAGGAAGUUGAGGAAGAGAGAGAUGAGGAUGUCAUGGAGAAAAGAGCUAGAGAGCCCACUAGGACUAGGGUUGUAAACACUCAUAUCCCUGAGCUCCGCAAGAUUCCAUUUCCCAAGGCUUUGAGACCAUUCUUAGCCAUAGGUGAGGCUGAGAUUAAAGUGGCUAAGGGAACUCUAACAUUGAAAGUGGGUGAAGAGGAGGUCCUCUUCAAUAUCUUUGACUCUUUGAAACACCGAGCAGAUGAGGAAGUUUUCCGGUGUGAAGUAGUGGAUGAGCUCGUGUGUGAAGAGUUUGUUAGGAUAUCUAUUAAAGACCCCUUGGAAACAACAAUCAUGGAGGGGCUAGAAAUGGAGGACCAAAAUCUUGAGAGUGAACUUGAUUUUUUGUACCAUGAGGUGAAUGCUACUCUAUCUCAAUUAGAAUCUGUCUCAUCCCUUUCCACCGAAAGCAUGUGGAGAGAAGAGUUAAUUAGGGAUGAGGAGAUUCCGAUUGAGGAGAAGAGUGAGCUCAAGCCACUCCCUUCCUCUCUCAAGUAUGCAUAUCUUGAGGAAGGUGAGAAUAAACCUGUUAUUUUGAAUAGUGCUCUCACUCCCUUGGAAGAGGAGAAACUCCUCAGAGUUUUGAGGGAUCAUAAGUCAGCCUUGGGUUGGACUAUUGAUGAUAUCAAAGAAAAUUACAAACCUAUAGUCCAACCUCAAAGAAGACUUAACCCUUCCAUGAAGGAUGUGGUGAGGAAAGAGAUAAUAAAAUUGCUUGAUGCUGGUGUUAUUUAUCCAAUUUCGGAUAGUGAAUGGGACUCUAAGCCAAGGUUGAUUCGACGGGUCUUACUCCUUCAAGAGUUUGACCUUGAGAUCAUUGACCGGAGAGGCAAGGACAAUAGCGUGGCAGACCAUUUGUCAAGAUUGGAAGGUGGGGCGUGCAGCCCAAUACCUAUUCAAGAGGAGUUCCCGGAUGAGAAACUCCUAGCUGUUUCCACCGAGGAACCCCUACCCUGGUAUGUACAUUUUGCUAAUUUCCGUGUUGCUGGACUUAUUCCCCAUGACUUGACAUGGCAGCAAAAGAAAAAAUUUCUGCAUGAUGCAAAAUCUUACCUUUGUGAUGACCCUUUCCUUUUCAAAAUUUGUUCUGAUGGAGUCAUUAGAAGGUGUAUCCCAGAUAGUUGUGAUAGAUGUCAACGAACUGGUAACAUCUCAAGGAGAAAUGAGAUGCCCCUAAAAAAUAUUUUGGAAAUUGAGUUGUUUGAUGUUUGGGGCAUCGAUUUCAUGGGACCUUUCCCACCUUCUUUUGGUUACCAGUAUAUUUUAGUGGCUAUUGAUUAUGUUUCCAAGUGGGUUGAAGCCGCUGCACUCUUAACAAAUGAUUCUAAGGUGGUGGUUGCUUUUCUAAAAAGGAACAUUUUUACUAGGUUUGGUGUCCCUAGGGCUAUUAUAAGUGAUGGGGGUACUCACUUUUGUAACAGAGCUUUCGAGGCUCUUUUGGAAAAAUACGGUGUCAAGCACAAAGUGUCUACCCCCUAUCACCCUCAAACUAGUGGGCAAGUUGAGAUUUCUAAUCGGGAGUUAAAACGUAUUCUUGAAAAGGUGGUAGAUUUUUCCAUAAAGGAUUGGUCAAGGAAACUUGACGAUGCUUUAUGGGCCUACCGAACCGCUUUUAAAACUCCGAUUGGUACCUCUCCUUUCCACUUAGUUUUUGGGAAAGCGUGUCACUUACCUGUGGAAUUAGAACACAAGGCCUAUUGGGCCAUAAGGAAAUUGAAUUUUGAUUGGAAAGUUGCUAGCGAGAAGAGACUCUUGCAAUUGAAUGAGCUUGAUGAGUUUCGACUCCGAGCUUAUGAGAGUGCUAGCAUCUACAAGGAAAAAAUAAAGAAGUGGCAUGAUAGAAAAAUUUUGAAUAGGGAAUUUGUCUCAGGGCAAUUGGUGCUGCUCUUCAAUUCUAGGUUGAGACUCUUCCCUGGGAAACUUAAGUCUAGAUGGUCUGGACCCUUUGUGGUCAAGAGGGUGUUUCCUCAUGGUGCUGUUGAGGUUGAAAACCCAGAGACCAAGAAUACUUUCACUGUGAAUGGGCAGAGGUUGAAAGUGUACCAAGGUGGUGAGGUUCUGAAGUUGGAAACCAUGUUUUUCAAACCUCCUUGACAAGGGGGAUAGUCUACCUAAGACUAUAACAAUGGGCUGCUUGGGAGACAACCCAAGUUUUUUUUUAUUUUGCUUGUUUGGUUGUUGCAUUUUGCAGGGAUUGAGAGCCUAAAUUAUGGAGUAGGAGGUGGCUCUAAGGCCUCCAUGGUAAUUAGUAAAGAAGGUCAACUCUUCCCUUUAGUUUAGCUCAUGCAUUUUUACAUAUUUUUUCUUUUGUAGCUUUUAUUUUUCUUUUUAUCAUGCAUUGUUAUUUAAGUUUUUGUUUUUGGGUCUUUUACUUCCCUAUACUCACAUGCCUUUAGCUAUAGUUUUGUUUCCUUACAUGUGCUGUUUUUGAAAAUGCUUUUGUGAAUACUUGCUGCUGUUUUUGGGAAUGAGUGAUUGCAUGUUUAGGGAAGAGAGGAGGAGACUUCGGUCUUCCGAGUGUUUCUUGAGAAAGGAGUCGAGGUGAGUCCAUUAAGGGUCUAUCUUUGACCCUUCACCAUAAAAUUUCCCUGGAGGAUCCUGACUCACUUGCAAUUCUUGGUUCUGCAUUAAUUUCACUCAUAGCAUGCUUUGUGAUUCUUGCUUUAUUCUUGAGACUUGUAGGAUUUCUUGAGAUUCUAAAUUAGUUGAUUGAACAUUGUCUUUAGUUGCCCCACUUGAGCCUUUUUGGAGAUUUUAUUGUAGCCAAGUGAUUGGGGCGGAUGUUUGGUUGGAAUAUUCGGGAGUGAUGGUCCUUGAUAUAUUGGUAAGGAGCUGAAAAAAUUGUGAAAAGGUCUCUUGCCCCUAGGGAAAAAGUUAUUGAAAA